AUGAGUCAAAAAAGAUAUUUGUGUAGGUUAGAAAGAAAAAUUGCUCCACCUGCAAUCUGCAAUGUUGUUGUACCAACACUACUGUCUACAAAGUCAUCAAUCAACACUGACUUGCUGAAAAAGGCUGUGUAUCACUUUAUUACUGUCCAGCCUAAUUUCAAUGCUGGCGUAAAAAAAAUUGAUGAUGGAAACUGGAAGUUUGUUCCAUUGGAAAAGAUCGAAGAUGUUUUUGAAGUUUUACCAGAUGAAUAUAAUUGGAAAGAUAUUUGUUUGAGAUAUUCUAGUUCACUUCUUCGUGAACCGUUGAAGUGUGAAUUUUAUUCUGCAUUAAAAGUUUUUUUUAUCAAGCAAUCAAAUGUAUCAGCUUACUUAAUUCCUGUUUACAUGCAUUAUGCUGCAGAUGGUACUAAUGGGAUGACUAUAGUUCAUGAUAUUUUGAAAGCGUACAAGCAACUGUGUGAAGGUGAAGAACUCGAUACCACACCUUUUUCACCCCCACCAUCUGUUGAUGACAUGGCUUUAUCAGGAUUGACUGAUACACAUGAGAAGUUGAAAGAAAAUUAUGAGACUUACACAAGAGGUGUUUACAAGUCUUUAAAUUGUUCCCUACCAUUUGAAGAAAUCAAUGUGACUGAAGCUUUGUAUUACACAAGUACUAAUAAUGUGUAUGCAAAUUUCCUGAAAGCAUGUCGUUAUUACAAAGUUUCUGUAGGAGCAGCGCUUACUGCUUCCAUGUUUUUCGGGUUUGGUGGCAACAUAUUUGGAGCUAAAGCCGUCUCUGCUGAACAGCUGAAUGUGAGUGUUAACAUACCUAUUAAUCUUAGGGAUAGAGUAUCCAAUAAUACUGCUAGUAAUUGCUGUAAUCUAUCAGUGACACAAUUUCUACUUUGCUGCUCUAUUAAAAAAGUUACAACAUUUUGGGAGUUGGCUAGACAAAUCAGAGAGACUUUGUUGGAAAAAAUGAGUGACAAUCAUAAGUUUCAUUUGUUUGAUUUUGCAUGUAAUGAGAAUGUUUGUAAUUCAGAAGAAAAGAAAACUGCAAUGGAGAAGUUUGGAGUGUCACAACAAUUUUGUGUGUCUAACAUGAGAAGAUUUCCAGGUUGUAUUGAUUUUGGAGAGUUUGCUAUUGAGUCCAUUCACUGCGUUGGAGGGUUAUGGAUAAAAAAUUGGGAUGUUAUGGAAUUAAUGAUUUAUUCCACAAAUAAGUUCAACCUUUCUAUGAUUCAUCGACAAGGUGUGGAGAACACCAAGAGGGCUGAACAUGUGUUUAAGUAUGUGAAGUAUAUUGUAGAAUACGCUGGUGGUUGGCAGAAAGAUGAAACAUUAGAAAACUGUAUGAGAUAUGUAAAGGAUUUAUGAUAAGUUAGUGUUGUUUUUAUUUUUGUAUAGUAUUAAUUUUAACGAUGUAUCAUUUUAAAGAUAAUUGAUGGAUAAAGAAGAUUUUGACCUUAAAUAUUACAAAUAUAUUAUACUUAUCCACUUACUAUAAUUAUCCACUGAUUAUUCCUAGUGGUUUAUUAGGAAGGAUUUUAUGUAUUUUUCUGUUUAUAAAUAAGAGGUUGUGCUAGAAGUAACUUGAUAUCAAACUAUACAAGAUUUAUCAAAUAUUAGGAAUUCAUGUAUUUUUAUGAGAACGAAUGAAUCAAGAAAAUGAGAAAA